ACCCUACACAUAUAUAAUCUCAACACAACUGCAUCUCCUUCCAUCUUCUAAGAUACAAAGAACAUACCCACAAGCCAAAACCUUAACAAAAUGAAGCAAAAGAUUGUGAUGAAGGUGCACAUGAGUUGCGAAAAGUGCCGCACCAAGGCACUCAAGGUUGGAGCUGCAGCAAACGGUGUGAACUUUGUGGGGUUAGAGGGAGAAUCGAAAGAGAAGUUGGUGGUGAUUGGAGACGGUGUAGAUGCUGUCAAGUUGACGAAUUUGCUGAGGAAAAAGGUUGGACAAACCGAUAUCAUAAGCUUGGCAGAGGUCAAAGCAAAUUAGAAGGAUGAAAACAUGAUCGAGAGAGUGAAAAACCAUGUUUGUUUAUUGUGUUUCUUUUCAUUUUGAUCUGGUUCUUGAAUGUUUUUGGUUCAGCUUUUGUGUUAAGAGGAAUUAGGCAUUAGCAUCG